GAAUUCAUUGGGCCACCUACCUUCCACAGUCUCCUCCUCCCAGGUCUCCCUUUUUUCCCACACACAUCCCACAUAAAUUCACACACAAAACACACAAACCUCAUUAUUUUUGAGCCAGGAAGGGCUCAAGCAAAACCCAAAACAGAGACACAAAAACAGAGCAAACAGAGCAAAAUGACCAUCACCCAAACUCUACCAUACUUCAUAAUCUUCCUCCUCUUCAUCCUCACCACCACACCACCAACAAAAGCACAGCCCUUCAGCUGCAAGCCAUCAUCAAAAUGCAACUCCCUCAUCGACUACGUCUCCCCCAACGACACCACCAUCUCCAACAUCACAACCCUCUUCGGAAUCUCCAAAAACCUCCUAUCAUUCCUCGGCGCCAACAACUAUCCCCCAACAACACUCCCCUCCCUCGCCAUCAAGGCCAAACAGACCGUCAAAAUACCCUUCCCCUGCCGCUGCGCCAAUGGAACAGGAACCUCGGACGGGCUCCCGGUCUACAAGGUGGUCCCUGAGGACGGCCUGUUCCACAUUGCAUCCGAUAUUUUCGGGGGACUAGUCCUGUACCAGCAGAUUCAGGCUGCCAAUAACAUUGCUGAUGCUAACAAAAUUCUGGUGGGGCAGGAGCUGAAAAUCCCUUUGCCGUGUAGCUGUGAUGAAGUUGAUGGUCAGGCUGUGAUUCAUUAUGGCCAUGUUGUGCCUGCUGGGAGCUCCGUGGAGGCGAUUGCUAAGCAGUUUGAUACGACGCAGGAGACGUUGUUGAAGCUUAAUGCCUUGGCUGAUCCGGCUGAUCUCAAGGCUGGCGUUGUUCUUGAUGUCCCUCUUAAAGCUUGUAAUUCAAGUAUUUCAAGUGAUUCACGCGACUACCCUUUACUCGUCCCCAAUGGCUCUUAUGCCAUCACUGCUAACAAUUGUGUACGGUGUAAGUGUGAUGCUGCAAACAACUACACAUUACAAUGCGAACCCUCUCAGAUAAAAUCUUCCAUCUGGCCAACUUGCCCAAAUACUCAGUGCAACAGCGUGUUUCUGGGAAAUAGCACGUCUUCUGGCUGUAGCCGCACAACUUGUGCCUAUCUGGGCUAUGAUAACCAAAAAAUCAUUACAAACCUUACCACAGUUUCCACUUGUUCAAGUAACUCAACUCCUAGUGAUUCAGCAUCUCCUAGUAGUGCCACGAAGAUCAACUCACAAGGCUGGAGGUGGAACUUCCUCGUUGCAGUCCAGCUGGUGUUGCUCUCUCUUUAUCUUUUCCAAUAAUUUCACAUAUACUUGUAAUGCAUUCAUUGUCUUUGUGGAGAAAUAUUAGAGCAUAUGGCGGUAACCUGAUGUAUCAAUAUUUUACUUUCAAGCAAGGAUUUUAUCGGCAAGCUCUGAUUUUGUUUUAGUAGUAUAAUAUUUUGGUCCGCGAAAGAAACUUGAUUGUGGUCAUACUUGGACAUUAUAUCCGUCCAGAUUGAGUAGAGAGCAUAAUAAAAUUCUUCUUGCUUCAUUGUUUAGAAGAAUGCAAUCCCGUGUAACAGAAGAGGCCUUCAGCCCUUUAUUAUUGUAAAAUAUGUAUAAUCUCCAUUCUUUGUAAUCAUUGUCAUCAGAAUAACAACUUUGCAAGACGUUUCUUGAGAUUUUUCGAAUGGAUUUUUCAUUUGUGUGA